AUGUAAUAAAUAAUAAUUGUGAAUCUUAUUUUAUAACUAAGUAAAUUUAGUUUAAGGAUAAAGUAUUGUUUAAAAAUAAUAAACUUCAAUUAUUUUAGGAAGAUAAAUUGCAACAUUUUUAUUGAAGAACUUUAAAAGAAUAAUAAUUUUAAAGAUCAAAAGUUUGAAGAUGCUCUUAGAGAGACUUUCUUAAAAAUGGAUGAGCUCUUGCUUACUCCAGAAGGUCAAAAUGAAAUUAAUGAAAUGAAAGAUAAUAAUGGAAGUAGUAAUAAAAAUUAAUAAUUAAAUUAGCUAUUUUUGCAGGGUGCACUGCCAAUGUUGCCCUAUUUUAUAAGAACACACUCUAUGUUGCUAAUGCAGGUGAUUCUAGAUCUGUAUUAUGCAGAGAAAACAAAAAUUAUGAUAUGAGUGUUGAUCAUAAACCUGAAAAUUAUGAAGAAAAAUUAAGAAUUGAAAAAGCUGGUGGUUAUGUAUCUGAUGGAAGAGUCAAUGGUAAUUUAUGUUUAAAUGCUUCAGUUACUGCUCUAUCUUACAUAAAUAAAAUAGAUUUUAUUUGA